ACCCUAGCCACUUUCCCUCAUAUAAAUUCCCCUAGUUUAGCCACUCUCCGUCGUCUGCUGCAACUUACAAGCUCGGCCAUCAACCCUAUUAGCAUCCUUCGGCUUCUAGACCUACUCAGCUUUUAGCCAUGUCGAGGAGAAAGACAAGAGAGCCAAAGGAAGAGAAUGUUACACUUGGCCCAACUGUAAGGGAGGGAGAGCAUGUUUUCGGGGUGGCUCACAUUUUUGCUUCAUUUAAUGAUACCUUUAUUCAUGUGACUGAUUUGUCUGGUAGGGAAACCCUGGUUCGCAUUACUGGUGGAAUGAAGGUUAAAGCUGACAGGGAUGAAUCUUCACCAUAUGCUGCUAUGCUUGCUGCACAGGAUGUUUCACAGAGAUGCAAGGUUUUUGUUCUACUCUAUACAUAAUACAAUGAUUCUAGA